AUGGAUACCGAUAUGAUGGUUAGGGUGAAUGAUUAUACAUGUAUUAUUUUAUUUGUUUUGGGUUUCAUUGGAAAUGUUCUUGGUCUCAUUGUUUUUUCAUCACGUCGUUUUCGUUGCUGUUCAACAUAUGCAACAUUAGCAUUAACAUCAUUUGCAGUUAAUUUAAUAUGUAUUGUACGUUAUUCAUUACUACUUCAUUCAGCUACACGACUUUGGUUGACAGACAAUAUUAUCCAUAUACAUUGGUUAGCAUGUAAAUUUUUUCGUUUAUCAUCAUCAUCUCGUGUUAUCGCCGCAUGGGUAACUGUUUUUUGGGUUAUUGAAAGAUUUAUUUAUGUUUCAUCUCGUUUAAAUGUUUUAUUUCAUCGACAUGAAAGAUAUCGAAUAUUUGAAAAAUAUAAAUAUGUUUAUAUGAUAUGUAUAUUAUUAUUUAUAGUUAUGAUUGUUUCAGGACCAAUAACAAUAUUUUAUGCACCAUAUCCUAUUAGUUUAAAUAGAACAGAUUCACCUAUCAAAUGUACAUUUAAUCCCAGUCAUACUUCACCAGCAUGGGAAAAUUAUUUUACAAAGUCAUCAUUUAAUUUUAAUCAUACUACAAUACGAUUUUUAUUAUCAGAAAUUAUUCCAUCAGUAUUAGUUGGUCUAUUUAAUAUUGGAAUAAUUAUAUGUAUUUUACGAACAACAGCUCAUGUUCGACGACGACAAGAAUAUCAACAUAAUAAUCAAUUAUCAUUAUCAACAGUAACUGGUACAACAUCAAAAGUUCCAUCGUCAAAUGCAUAUGAUGCAAAUCAACAACAACAACAACGUCGAGGUUCAAUUCGACGUUGUUCAUUUAAAAAUACGACUACACCUGCAUCGAAUGUACCAUUUGGCAAAAUGUCCUGGAUGAAUAUUGUAUUAAUAUUACAUUCAUUAUUAUUUUUUUUCUCAUUCAGUGCAACAUCUUUAGUCUAUUUUUCGACAUCCGAUGCUCAACUUGCUUAUUGGACAAGUAUUAUUAUAUUAGCUAGUUGUUCAUUAAAUUUUUAUGUUUAUUGUUUAAGUGGUAAACAUUUUCGUACGGAAUUAAAACGCAUUGCUAAGCGUUAUUUAAGAAAUUUAUAUAAGAAAAUCUUACGUCAUUGUUAUAAAGAUGAUAAUCGACGUCAUUCAACUGCACAAAAUAUUAAAGAUCAAAUUUAUCGAGAUGUUCUUCUACGAGAUGAUUUUGCUGAUCUUCAAUUACGUCAAUAUCAAAUGAUUGAACGUAUGAAAUAA